AAAACUCAGAAUUGCGACAGAAGAAGAUGCUUUGGAAUCUGUUCCGACUUCUCAGAAAUCUUGCCAUCCCUCCGUAAUUAAUAAAUCUUUGAUUUAUUCGGUUGUCAGAAGGGUUGUGUGGUAUCCUGUGGUACCAUUGGUUGUCCAAUUUUUUAACAAUUUACUUGAGACUUACGCUUAUACUCAUAAAGUGGUCUCUUUCCCUCUGUUAUUACUUUGCAACGUUUGCUUAUCACUUCACGGGUUACUAAAUGCUUUAGUGUUUUCUCAAGACAUUGCUGUUACCCGUGCCUUCCAGGAUAUUAAAUUAAGUUGGUGGAUCUCCAAUGUUAACUCUUAUGAGUCUCACUAUCCUCAUUUAUCUCGCAAUAAAGCCAUUACUGAUGAAUUCAGCAUGAUAAGAAAAUCAAGUGAUUUUGUUGAAUUGAAAACUAUAAAUUACAAUAAGGUUGAUAUCAUUAAAAAGAAUAUUAUUACUGACGAUAUUACCGAUAUUAUCAACGUCGAUAUUUAUAACGAUAUUACCAAUAACAAUCUUAUAAAUAAUAUUGUUAAUAGCAAUUCUAUUAAUAAUAACAAUAAUAGUAAUAAUUCUACUAAUAAUAGAGUUAUUAAUAACAAUAAUAAUGGGUUAGUUGUACAACCUUCUCCUUUAGAAUGGUUAAGAUACAUGUUAUUGAUUAAACUUUUCUCGGUUCCAAGAUUUUCUUCUCGGUUAAUAUCACCUAGACUUUUAUCACCGGCCAAUUCUUGUGAAACUAAUCAAAAAAAAGAUUCAAAACGAGAUUCAAAACAGGAUAUUACUCUUAACAAUCAAAAUAAUGAU